CGGAGUUGGUGACACGAACAUUUGACCAACUGAAACCAAACCACACGCCAUUGCUGUUGAAAAUUUUCCUCUGAAAUUCUCCUAAAUUUUCGAAAAUUUGAAUAUUUUACAAAGGCCCAGUUGUUGAAAAUGCAUGAUUUUUGCUUUACAAUCCCAUACGGGCUGAUUCUGGUGUGCGGUGGGAUCAUUGGAUAUGCCAAGAAAGGCAGCACAGCCUCACUCGCCGGAGGACUUGGCACCGGAUUCUUGCUCAUUCUCGCCGGUUAUCUCAGCCUCCAAGCUUUCCACAAGCGCAAAAACUCCUAUUUUGCCUUGAUUAUUGAAACUGUUUGUGCUGCCAUACUUACUUGGGUCAUGGGACAGCGUUACAUGCAAACUUCAAAGAUAAUGCCUGCUGGCAUUGUUGCGGGGAUCAGUGUCCUCAUGACCAUAUUCUAUCUGUACAAGAUUGCAACUGGUGGCAAUCAUUUCCCGCCCAAGACUGAGUAAUGAUAUGUAGCGUCUCUGCCUAUACUGAUUCCAUACUGUUAUAUACUGAGGAACAAUUACCCAAAAUCAUGGAUUUGUCGAUCUUUCUGGCUAGUCUUUUUGUUGUGUUCUCUGAGUAGAGUGACUGUAUUAAUCGAAGGAUGCUUGUAUUUCCUUGACUGUUAAUCCAACUGUUUUCACUACUUCCUUGAUGCAACAGUAUUUUCAUUCC